AGUUCUUUUUUCUUUUUAUUUAUUUAUUUAUUUUUUUGCAAUAACCCGUUCCCCGUUUAAGCGAGAGCCACAUUGAUUUCUCUCACCUGUCUCUGGCGAGAAAGUUCGCAAUCUCGCCGGAGAGUCUAUUUCUCGCCGGAAACUUCAUAGAUUCCGACGGGAAUUUGCACUGCUCCAAGGGGCCUGACGCGAGAGAAAGUUUAACGGAGAGACAAUAAUGAAUGUAUAAAAAGGAAAUGGAGAAAUGAGAAAGAGGUGGUGAUGAUUAACGUGCAAUGCAGGGAAAAGAGAAUCAAGUUAGGGUUUGGAGGAUCUUACACGGCACAGAUGCCAAGACUAUAGCUUCUGCAUUCAAUUUUCCUUGCCUUAUGGCGUAAUUUAUUCCAUCUCUCUCUCUGCGUCAACUCUGUUUAAAUUUCUCCCUCGCUCAUGUCCGCCUUGUCUCUCUUCGCUCUGAAUUGCAAUCCUUUUUCCAGUUUAUAAGAGUUUCCAUUGCUGGAGAGGAGAGAGAUUUUGGAUUCUGUUUAUAAAGGUGUGAAGUGUGCAUACACUACUAGGCCGGCCAGGACCUUUUUUUUGUGUUUUUAGAUUUUUAGGUAUCAAUCAUUAUGCCAUCUGAAACAAUGAGUUCACCGGGUUUGUCCUCAUCAUCAUUCUUCCCAGGGGAUUCAUCAUUUGCUACUGAGAGACAUACUAGGUUCUGGAAGUUGGAUGCCACGCCUGAUCUCUAUUCCACUGGGAAAUCACCACCUAUGUCACCCCUGGAAAAUCUUGGAGUUGUGGGAUGUCAGCCAGCAAAGUCACUUGAACUUCAUCAGUCUUUCCUAAUGCAGGAUCAGAAAAUGAAUAGUAGCUUAAUGAGGCAUGCAGUGGGAACCGGGACAACUCUGAGUCAGUCCUCAAACUUGCUGAGACCUGUAGUCCAUGAGACGAGAUCCAGUUUGAAUGUACAUCCAGCAUCUUGUUUUCUAGAAGGUAGCAAAUUUGGCAUGAUGGCAACCCAGUAUGAGAACAGUCUCUUUUCAAGCUCAUUAUCAGACUUGUUCAGCAGCAAGUUGAGGUUGUCCUCAAACAAUGUUCCAUAUGGCCAUUCUGUUGAUACUGUUGCCUCGCACUUCGAGGAAGAGGAACCUUUUGAAUCCCUUGAAGAAAUUGAGGCCCAAACCAUUCAUGACCUUCUUCCCAGUGAUGAUGACCUGUUUAGUGGAAUGACUAAUAAGCUCGAUAACCUUAACCAAUCCAGAGUCAAAGAUGAUAUGGAAGAGUUAGACUUUUUUAGCAGUGUUGGUGGAUUGGAUUUGGGAGAUGAGAAUCCUGCAGCAAAGCAUGAUAUUGAAUUUCCUGGAGGAUUUUCUAAUGGUCAGCCAGGGUUCAGCAAUGGUUCAAUUGUUGGAGAACACCCUUUUGGUGAACACCCUUCUCGAACUCUUUUUGUAAGAAAUAUAAAUAGCAAUGUUGAAGAUUCUGAGUUGAGAGCCUUGUUUGAGCAAUAUGGAGAUAUCCGCACUCUUUAUACAUCCUGCAAGCAUCGUGGUUUUGUUAUGAUCUCCUAUUAUGAUAUUAGAGCUGCAAGAAAUGCCAUGAAAGCACUCCAGGAUAGACAACUGAGGCGUCGGAAACUUGACAUUCAUUACUCAAUUCCAAAGGACAAUCCCUCAGAAAAAGAUAUUAAUCAAGGGACUCUGGCUGUUUUCAACCUUGAUUCUUCCAUUUCAAAUGAUGAACUUCAUCAGAUUUUUGGGGUGUAUGGAGAAAUUAAGGAGAUUCGUGAAACCCCACAGAGAAGUAAUCAUAAAUUUAUCGAAUUUUAUGAUGUUAGAGCUGCAGAAGCUGCUCUUCAUGCAUCGAACAAAAGUGGUAUUGCGGGGAAGCCGAUUAAGCUUGAGCCAAGUCACACUGGGGUUUCAAGACGUUUAUUGGAACAUGAUGAGUACGGCCUUCAUGCUCAGCAGAGUAGCCCUCCCAAUAAUUCAGCUGCUGGAAUCCCUGGAGCACUUCCGCAUGGAGCAAUUAUUUCCAAUGGCAUGGAUAAGGGAACUAUCUUGGGAUUAGCAUCUGCAACAAAAGUUUCAAGUGUUCCUAAUAGCUUGUCCUCUCUUGUGAGGGUUGAAUCAGCUGGCAAUCAAACUGGCCUUGCUGAGCAUGGUCACCAACGGGGUCAAUUACAAUUUGAUUUUCAAGGCACGCCACAUUUUAUUCCUCAUUCACUUCCAGAAUAUCAUGAUGGUUUAACUAGUGUUCUUCACUGCAAAUCUCCUGGCAGCAUGGCUAGUCCAAAACCCCAUGAAAGAAUAGAUAAUACGCAGGCACACAGAACUUUAGUAAAUGGGCACUCGAUUGAAUUAAAUGAUGGGGUUUUUGGAUCAACUGUUAAUGGAAGCCCUUCUCUUCCUGGACAUCACUAUGCAUGGGGUAAUUCCUAUCACCCACAGUCUCCAGGCAUGACAUGGCCAAACUCACCAUCGUUUGUCAAUGGAAUAUCGAUGGCUCAUCCUACAAUGCGGCACCAUGGACCUCCUAGAGCACCACCUCCUGUGCUUACUACUGUUUUACCUGUAAAUAACCACCAGGUGGGAUCUGCACCGACUGUUAAUUCUUCUCUCUGGGAGAGACGACGUGCUUAUGCAGGGGAAUCUCCUGAGACUUCUGGUUUUCAUCCAGGUUCCCUUGGGAGCUUGAGCAUUUCUAAUAAACUGCACUCUAUGGAGCUUUUAUCUCCUACCAUGUUCCCUCAUGCUGCUGGAAACUACAUGGACUUGCCAAUUCCCCCUAAAAGUGCAGGACACCAACCCCAUCAUCAGAGAUCCCCAAUUUUCCCUGGAAGGAGCCAAAUGAUUCCAAUACAUUCAUUUGACUCUUCAAGUCCAAAUGAAAGAAGUAGGAGCCGUAGAAAUGAAGGCAGUAUUAAUCAGGCUGACAAGAAACAGUAUGAACUUGAUAUAGAUCGGAUAAUGCAAGGGGAAGACAACCGAACAACACUUAUGAUAAAGAACAUUCCCAACAAGUACACUUCAAAAAUGCUUUUGGCUGCUAUUGAUGAACACCAUAAGGGAACUUAUGAUUUCAUUUAUCUGCCAAUUGAUUUCAAGAAUAAGUGCAAUGUGGGGUAUGCAUUUAUCAACAUGAUUGACCCAAGCCAAAUAAUUUCAUUCUAUCAGGUGUUUAAUGGAAAGAAAUGGGAGAAGUUUAAUAGUGAAAAAGUAGCAUCACUUGCAUAUGCUCGCAUACAAGGAAAACCUGCUCUCAUUGCCCAUUUCCAGAAUUCAAGUCUGAUGAAUGAGGAUAAACGAUGCAGACCCAUUUUAUUCAAUACUGAUGGCCCCAAUGCUGGUGAUCAGGUAUGGAUAUCACACAAUUACAGGUGCCCUUUCCAAUGGGAGUUAAUGGUCGAACUAGACCUGGGAAACCUAAAACCAUCACACAUGAGGAGAACCAGCAAGGAGGUCUGCCAAAUUCUGCAAACAGAGAGGAUUAUUUGAAUGGGGAUGCUUCAUCAGGUUCCGGGAAGGAGUCUGACUGAGGAAGCCACUCAUUUUUGAGGGCACUAACCUCUUAGGACUGGGUAAUUUAUGAUUGGUACCUCUAGAAAUCACUGAUUAAAUAUGUUGCAGCGGCUGAUCGAAAAGAGAUACAUAAUUUUUUCUGCUUUUGAGAAGCCUCUUAAAAUUUUCAAGGAAACAAUUCAGGGGCGAGAACAAAGAUUCUGCUUCAUUUGGCUUUUCUUUAAAUUUCUGGAAACAUUAGAGAAAGAGGCAUGAGGUGAAGCUUCCAAUUUUUUGGAUGUUCUUGAGAGUAACCAUAUAGGUGCAUGGGAGUUUCUGGCCAACAGGAGAUCUUUCACUGAGGUUCUGGAGGCUCCUCUAACAUUUUUUUUUUUUUCUAAAAAAAAUAUAUAUAUUUAUCCCAUAUGUAAUACAAGCCGGGAGCUCUUUAUUGAAAAUUUUUGAAAUGUAUCAUUACUCCUUUUUGGGAAAAUUUGCUGUCUAUCCUUAUUUUAAUUUGGAAAUAGUACAUAUUUUAUGCUUU